UCACGUUGGCAAAUAUUUGAAAUAUUUGAGCGUGAGCGGCCGAGUUUCUGAGCGAGCAUAACAAAAUAAAUUUCAAUUUUACACAAUUAAUUCUUUAAAAAGAAGUUAUGGAAGUUAUAAAACCUAAAACAAACUACGUUAAAGAUAGUGGAAAUACUCUCUUUUAUUGAAAGAUAUCGAGAUAAGGCACAAGAUAAUAUCGAAAUUGACCAAGAUAAUAUGGAUAUUGAUGUGGAAACUGUGUUACCUUCUAGAUAUAUGGAAAAGCUUAAAGCGGUAGCAAAUCGUGAGGAAGAUAAAAUCGUUAUCGAGCUUGAUGACAUUCAAGAUUUCGAAGAUAGUGGAAAUGUUGCUAAUGGUUUAGUUCACAAAAUUCUGACGAACACAUGGCGUUAUAUCGAAUUAAUUUAUCGAAUUUGUGAUAAAUUAAUGCCUCCACCCACGAAACCUAUUGGUCAUAUGGAUGAUGUUUUGGACGUAAUCAUGCAACACCGAAAGGAUAAAGAUCAACAGAGAGCGCCGGAAGAUAAAACACGCUUCCCGGCUGCUUUAACACGAAGAUAUUCGCUAUACAUAAAACCAUUAAAAUCCGAAGACCCAUUGGCUAUUCGUGAAAUUAAUGGUUCCUAUGUAGGUCAUUUAGUAACCGUCAAAGGAAUUAUCACACGUGUUAGUGAUGUCAAACCUUUCUUAUUAGUUGCGGGAUAUUCAUGUGAAAUGUGUGGUGAUGAGGUAUUUCAAGAAGUUACUAAAAAGAAUUAUACACCUCUCAUGAUGUGUCCUUCUGAGAAAUGUCAGAAAAAUAAUGUGAAAGGAAAAUUAUAUAUGCAAACCCGUACAUGCAAAUUUGUUCCUUUUCAAGAAGUCAAGAUGCAAGAACUGACCGAACAAGUUCCAGUAGGACAUAUUCCUCGAUCUAUGACAAUAUUUUUACAUGGAACUUUGACCCGCUCUAUGAAUCCAGGUGACAUAGUUAAUGUUUCCGGUAUUUUCCAAGCGACACCACAUCAAGGUUAUCGGGGUACUACUAGUCUGUUAACUGAUGUUUAUUUAGAAGGUCAAUAUAUUCAACAGCUUAAAAAGCAAUAUGACAAAAUGGUAAUGACCCCUGAUAUUUCAGAAAAGAUACAAGAAUUUGCUCGAGAUCCAGAUGUUUAUACGAAAUUGUCAAAAAGUAUAGCACCAGAAAUUUUUGGUCAUGACGAUAUAAAAAAGGCUUUGUUAUUGUUGCUGGUUGGAGGCGUAUCAAAAUCAAUGGGUGAUGGGAUGAAAAUUAGAGGAGACUUAAACAUAUGUCUUAUGGGAGAUCCUGGUGUAGCAAAAUCACAAUUACUUAAAUACAUAUCGAAGGUAGCCCCACGUGGCGUAUAUACUACCGGACGCGGUAGUUCUGGAGUUGGCCUGACGGCAUCUGUGACUCGUGAUCCUGUAACGGAUGAAAUGGUUUUAGAGGGUGGUGCUUUGGUACUUGCCGAUAAUGGUAUUUGUUGUAUUGAUGAGUUUGAUAAGAUGGAAGACGGGGAUCGAACAGCUAUUCAUGAAGUUAUGGAACAGCAAACUAUAAGUAUCAGUAAAGCAGGUAUUACAACCACGUUAAAUGCUCGCACAUCCAUAUUAGCCGCUGCGAAUCCUCUAUACGGACGAUAUAACACAAAGAAAUCUCCGACACAAAACAUCAAUCUUCCCGCGGCUCUUCUUUCUAGGUUUGAUAUUUUGUUUUUGAUUUUGGAUAAACAUCUUAUUGAAGAUGAUACCAAAUUAGCGCAACAUGUUGCACAUGUGCACCAGUAUGGUAAACAUCCCGAAAGAGGAAAUGAUAUUUUGGAAGUCCAAAUGAUUAGACACUACGUUGCAGAAGCGCGUUCAAAACGUCCAGUUGUUCCAUCUGAAGUAGCAUCAUAUAUGGUUUCAUCAUAUGUUCAAAUGCGUCAAGAUCAGGCAGAUGCAAUGGCUCGUAAACAAGAACACACUUAUACAAGUGCACGUUCACUUUUGGCAGUAAUUCGUUUGUCUCAAGCAUUAGCUCGUGUUCAUCUAAGAGAUGAAGUCAUGAGACAAGAUGUUGCUGAAGCAUUAAGAUUACUUAAUGUUUCUAAAGAAUCGUUAAAUGAUUCAGAUGAUAAUCUGCCAACUGGGAGACUCUUUCACAUUGUCAAAAAUCUUUUCAAGGACACGGAUAGUCUUCCAUUGGAUGAUAUUAAGGAUGAAGUGCUUUCAAAAGGUUUUAGCGAUGAACAAUUAAUGGAUAUUAUUCAAGAGUAUUCAGUUAUGGAUAUAUGGGAAUUAGAUGAAACAUCAACGACAUUAAAAUUACUUAAUAGAAAUGAUAAUGAAGAUGAAGAAUUAUAGAUUAUAUAGACGAUAAAAUUUUGGGUCAAAAAAAAUUGUCAACCUAUUUUUAAUGUUUUAAAAAUAUGAAUUAUACAAUAAUAAACAAUUAUCUAGAUUGACAAAAAAAACUAGUUCUACACAGUUGAUGAGUAAGCUUUCUUACUUUCAUAUGAUUAU